AUGAUCACGCCAUCCGACGCCUGGUUGCCGUGGCUGGUGGUCGGGAUCAAAUGGAGUGAACGGGCGGGGGUGGGGAGAAGAUGCCUGCAAUUUGUGUCGAAAAAGGGGGUACCAAAGUGGUUGACCAACGGACCGAGUCAAGUGGCCAGGAUUUAUGCCUUAUCUACGUGCUUCAGAAGAGAAGUCUCGGCCGCGACCAAGAAUAGGAAACAUGUUGUGCUCAUCGAAGAGGUUGUGAGGGCGGCGUGA